AUGGGUGCCAUUGUUGAGGAAUAUUUUCAAUCCAUUUUUACCUCCUCUGAGCCAUCUAAGUUUGAGAGUAUUUUGCAAGGGAUUCAUCCAGCUAUCUCCAAGGAUGUUGCUGGUUUUUUAAGUUGUGAGUUUCAUGCAGAUGAGGAUGUUACUGCUGUGGUGCUUAAAGCUCUUAAUUUAGGUGUGAUUCUGGAAUCCCUUAAUUCUACUUUUAUUGCUCUUAUUCCAAAAGUAAAGCAACCAAGGAAGAGUGCUUUUUUGUCCGAAAGGCUUAUUUCUGAUAAUGUGUUAGUCACUUUUGAAACGUUACACUACCUUAAAAGAAAGACACAGGGGAAGUUGGGUUAUAUGGCUCUCAAACUUGAUAUGAGCAAAGCGUACAAUUGGGUAGAGUUGGAAUUCUUGGAGAAAACCAUGCGGCAUUUAGGGCUGGAGGAUAGAAUGCCGGUUGGGUCUAUUAAGCCGGAGCGAGGAUUAUGCCAAGGUGAUCCUUUAUCACCUUACCUUUUCCUUAAGUGCGCUACGGGGCUUCAAAGUUUGUUACAUACAGCUAAAAUGGAGGGGCACAUCCAAGGAGUGGCUAUUUGUCGGAAUGGACCAAGGGUUUCUCACUUGUUUUUUGCUGAUGAUAGUGUGCUUUUUUGUCGGGCAAAAGAGGAGGAAUGUCAGAAGAUUUUGGAUAUUUUGGCUACUUAUGAGAGAGGGUUGGGUCAGAAAAUUAAUAGAGACAAAACUAAUAUUUUUUUCAGCACUAAUACUUCUUCUGAUAUGCAGUCUUGUAUUCAAAUUAUUUUGGGUGUUCUAGCCAUUCGGCAAUAUGAGAAGUAUUUGGAUUUGCCAGCAUUUGUGGGAAGGGCCAAGAAGCAAAGUUUUAUCUAUAUAAAGGAAAGGGUUUGGAAAAAAACUUCAAGGGUGGAAGCAGAAGUUAUUGUCUCAAGCAAGUCAAGAGGUGCUAAUUAA